AUGGAAAGAGUCAACCAAACCAGCACUGUCUCUGAGUUCAUCCUCCUGGGACUGUCCUCACAGCCUGAGGACCAGAAGCCACUCUUUGUCUUCUUCCUCACCAUGUACCUCAUCACCAUAAUGGGGAACCUGCUCAUCAUUCUGGCCAUCCACUCUGACCCCCAGCUCCAGACCCCCAUGUAUUUCUUCUUGAGUUUCCUGUCUUUCACCGACAUUUGCUUCACAACAGCCAUUGUUCCCAAGAUGCUGGUGAACUUCUUGUCUGAGAAAAAGACCAUCUCCUAUGCUGGGUGUCUGACACAGAUGUAUUUUUUCUACGCUUUGGGCAACUCUGAUAGUUGCAUCUUGGCAGCCAUGGCCUUUGACCGCUAUGUGGCCAUCUGUGAUCCCUUCCACUAUGUCACCACCAUGAAACCUCGCCACUGUGUCCUGCUGCUGGCCUUCUCCUGUUCCAUCUCUCACCUCCAUUCACUCCUGCACAUUCUGCUGCUGAAUCUUCUCACCUUCUGUGAUUCCAAUGUUAUCCAUCACUUUCUCUGUGAUAUCAACCCUUUGCUGAAAUUGUCCUGCACCUCCACAUUUGUUAAUGAAAUUAUGAUAAAAACAGAAGGACUGGUUAUUUCGGUGACUCCCUUUUUAUGCAUUUCCUUCUCUUAUAUAAGAAUCCUCAUCACGAUUAUCAACAUUCCCUCAGCUGCAGGAAAACACAAAGCUUUCUCCACCUGUGGUUCUCACCUCACUGUGGUAACCCUCUUUUAUGGAAGCAUCUUCUAUGUCUAUUUACAGCCCUUGUCCAGCUACACUGUCACGGACCGAGUGGCAACAAUUGUCUACACAGUUUUAUCCUCCAUGCUAAACCCUUUUAUCUACAGCCUGAGAAACAAAGACCUGAAACAGGGCCUAAAGAAGCUGAUGGGCGGGAUGAGAUCUUAG